AUGGGAGGAGGAAUGGCGGAGGUAUUGCGCGGGCGGUGGUGGGAGGAUCAAGCGAUGUUUGGAUACAAGCGGGAGAGAGCGCAUGUGCCUCUACACUCUCAUGCAACUGUCGACGACGCCCUUCGCUUCUGGUACCACCGUGACAGAGCAGCCACGUUUGAAGCAGCAGAUGCUGCCACCUGGGCGCCUGGAGCUGGCGCUGACGUGGCGGCAGUACGGAGCGCCAGGUGGUGGGUCCACGGUCUGCCACGUGUCGCCUCUCUGAGCGGCUCCUGGCGGUUCCGGCUGUUCCCGAGGCCUGAGGAAGUUCCUGAGGGUUUUUUUGCGCCUGGAUUCAAUGACUCUGAUUGGUCGACGCAUCCAGUUCCAUCCCACUGGCAGCUGCAGCUUCAGCAGAAGAAGCAGCAAAAACAGCAGCAGCAAGCAGCCGAAACAGGAAGAGACGAAACAGCACAAGCAUCAUCAUCAUCAUCAUCGUCAUCAGCAGCAGCAGCAGCACCAGCAUCAGCAAAGGAGUCAACAGUGUUUUCACCACGCACACCAUCUGCAACACCAUCAGCAGCAUCAGCGGUGUCAGCAGCAGCAGCAGCAGUGUGGGAAUCAGAGGAGGUGCAGGACACGCCCAUCUACACCAACAUCCAGUACCCCUUCCCCAUCCAGCCGCCCUUCGUCCCCACAGACAACCCCACUGCCUGCUACCGCCGCCGCUUCUCCCUCCCCGCCUCCUGGUCAGGCCAGCACAUCACGCUGUGCUUCGAGGGUGUAGACUCCGCCAUCCACGUGUGGCUGAACGGGCACUAUGUGGGAUACAGCCAGGACAGCCGCCUGCCUGCCGAGUUCAACGUCACACCCUAUUUCUGCAACGGUGAAGGUGCGAUGCUAGCUAUGCAUGGUGCUUGCUGCAUGGUGCAUGGUAUGCGAUUGUUUGCGGUUGUAUGUGGUCGUACAUGGUUGUAUGCAGACUUGGAGGUGAAGACUGAGGUGCCUGACGACCUGCAGUCUGCAACAGUGAAGCUAGAGGUCCUGCUGGAGGGCUGGCCCUGCUGCGACAUCCAAUCUCUUCUCGACAGCUGUCACGUCGAGGCCUACCUCUUCGAUGCGUGGCGCUCUUCCCCGCCGCCGCCAGAUCAGCACCCCCUCUCGCCCUCCUCCUCCUCCUCCCCCUCCUCCGACCCCCCCUCCUUCCUCUCCUCCUCCCUCUCCUCGUUCCCCAUGUCCCCUACCUCCCGCCCCCCUAAAGACCCUGAAAUGGAUGACUUAGAAGCGCUGAGGCUCCCUGAAGCAGCGGUUUUCCAGGCUGUGGGGUUGGGAGCGGGCGAUAAGAGAGUGGAAGGGGUGGGAGUGGGAGGAGGAGGGGGAGAGGGGAGUGGAGGAUGGAAGGAUGAUCAGGUGGUGGUGAUUGGGAACACAAUGCGAGUGCGGAUGGAGGCGCAGGUGGAUAAGGACAAACUUGUGUUGUGGUCUCCUGAUCAGCCGCACCUGUACACGCUGGUGGUGACGCUGGCAGAUGCCUCAGGGCGGCCACAGCAGGUGGAAGCAGCGAGGGUGGGGGUGAGGCGGGUGGAGGUGCGGGGGAGAGAGCUGCUGGUGAAUGGGAGGGCUGUGGUGGUGAAAGGAGUGAACCGGCACGAACACCACCCGCAGACUGGGAAGGUCAACAUCGAGGAGUGCAUGGUCAAGGACUUAUCCUACUCGCUGUCCUCUUCUCAUUCCCUCCCUCCCUGCUCCCUCUCUCUUGCCUGCAUUCUCCCUCCUUCCCCCUCUGUCCUCCUUACACAGGAUGUAGUGGAGAUGAAGAGGCACAACGUGAACGCAGUGCGAUGCAGCCACUACCCCAAUCAUCCUCGCUGGUACGAGCUCACGGACUUGUUUGGUCUUCUCAUGAUAGACGAGGCCAACAUAGAGACGCACGGGUUCGAUCCAGACAACCACCUCAACAGGAAGAGGCGGCAGCCGGCCGAGGACCCCGAGUGGGCGGCAGCGAUGGGCGUGCGGGUGAUGCGCAUGUGCGAGCGCGACAAGAACCAUGCGAGCGUGGUGGUGUGGUCGCUGGGGAACGAGGCCGGCUAUGGGGCGACGCAUGAUGCCAUGGCAGCGUGGUUGCGUCACCGGGACCCCUCUCGCCCCAUACACUACGAGGGGGGUGGCUCGCGCACCACUGCCACGGACCUAGUGUGCCCCAUGUACAUGCGCGUGCCUGACAUCAAGGCCAUUGCUCAAGACCCUAAGGAGACCCGCCCUCUCAUCCUCUGCGAGUACGCCCAUGCCAUGGGCAACAGCAGUGGCAACCUGGACGCGUACUGGGACGCCAUCGAGUCAACCCACGGGCUACAGGGAGGCUUCAUCUGGGACUGGGUGGAUCAGGGGCUAUGGAAGGACAUGGCACCACGCAGCAGCACGCAGACCAACAAAACUACUACCAGCGGAACCAGCAAUGGCAUCAGUGCGACUGCUACAGCAAGUCCUGACAGUGAUACUAAUGCCAAAGGUUCUGCAGAAUCACCUAGAGAUCCUCCUUCUGUUGCUGCGGAGGAAAUGGCAAGUGCGGCACCGGCUUUUGAGGCGCCUCAGAAGAACGCUGCAGAAUCACCUAGUGAUACUCCUCCUGUUGGUGCUGCGGAGGAAAUGGCAAGUGGGGCACCAGUCGAAGCUGGGGUACCAGAUGCAGCGCCACAAGCAGCUGAGUCAGCACCUGAGUCAGCACCUGAGUCAGCACCUGAGUCAACACCUGAGUCAGCACCUGAGCCAGCACCUGAGUUCUGGGCGUAUGGUGGCGACUUUGGGGACACACCUAACGAUCUCAACUUCUGCAUCAAUGGGCUCGUGUGGCCCGACAGGACUCCCCACCCCGCCAUGCGUGAGCUGGCCCACGUGUAUCGCUACUUUGGCUUCAAGUGGACGGAGCAGGGUGACGUUGAGGUCUUCAACAAGAGUUUCUACCAGCCCUCCUCGACCUUCUCCUUCUCCUUCUCUCUCUUCUCCCUCCCUCUUCCCCCGCAAUCCACCACCACCCUUCCCCCCUCUCCUCCCACUCCCAUCCUCUCCUGCCCACUCGCCAUUCCCACCAUCCUGCCACGUCAGCGCCAUGUCAUCCCCAGCCCCAUCCCUGCUGACCUGGACUGGGCAGCGCAUGAUGUCAGCGCUGAUUCAGAGCUCUUUGCACUGUUCACUGCUACAGUGAACGAGAGAACACGGUGGUGCGCUCCCGGGCAGGUUGUCGCAUCUGUUCAGCUGCCCUUCAAGCUGCCCGAACAAGCUAUCACCUCAACCAUUUCCAAGCCUUCCACCAAGCCUGCAACUUCCGAACCUGCGCUCUCCGAGCCUCCUCGACCUGUCCGCCAAUCGUCUGUUCUUGUCACAUCCAGUGAUGGCUCAUUCGCAAUCACUGUUCAUGUCAAGACCGGUGGUGCACUUUCCUGGAAGGUCAACGGUUCAGAUGUGCUUCUCCCACCAUUGCCUGCUGCACCGUACCUUGCCCUGUGGCGGGCACCCACGGACAAUGACAAGGGAGGCGGCGCCGCCAGCUAUGCCGCCAGGUGGAAGUCCGCAGGGCUCAGCAGCCUUGCUGCUGCUGAUGCUGGGGGGGUGAUUUUCCUGCAGGGAGAUGCGACUGUGGUGCACGAGGGGAGGGGAGAAGGAGAGGGGAAGGACGACGAGAAGAGGGGUGAAGAGGGGGAGGGAAAAGAUGGGCAGCAAGGAGAGGGUGGCGAGGAACCUUUGAAAAUUUCGAUUGGGAAGGAUGGGACGGUUUCUGUGGUUGUAGAGACAACUUUUCGACCCCGGGCAGAUGAAAUUUCCGAGGAGGGAGCUGUGGAGGCUGGUGCUGCCCCAACCAAUCUGGUCGAGGCUUAUGGAGGGGCGGAAGCUGAAGCAUCAGCGAGCGGCGGGCAGGCAAAGAAACUUUCUGACGUAGACUGCUGGGUCCGGCUCAAGUCUGAAUGGCAGAUCCAUGGAAACGGGCAGGUGGUUGUAAAAUUUUGGGUGGACCCAAGCCCUGCUCUGCCGCCUCUACCGCGCGUCGGAAUGCGGUUCCGGGCAGCAAAAAAACUCUCCGACACGGUCUGGUCCGGGCGGGGCCCGCACGAAUGUUAUCCUGACCGGAAGCAGUCUGCACACGUGGCGCUUCACUAUUUGCCGGUGAAAUCCCUCCACGUGCCGUACAUUGCUCCUGGGGAGAAUGGGGCAAGAGUCGACACACGUUGGGUCACACUCUUUACAAGCACACAGGAGGGGGAACCACAGGGGUCAGUGGGGGAACUGCAGGAGGUUGCUGUAGGCGUUUCACUGCCAGAAGCACAGGGGGGAGCACAGGUGGAAGCACAGGGGGAGGAAAGAAGGGAGGCGGAUGGGGGGAAGGGGAGGGAGGUGUUCCAGACGUUUCCGCUGGUAGGGCUUGUUAUGGAACCAGUGGAGAUUGGAGGAGGGGAUGGAGGUGGGGGAGGGGGUGAGGAGAGAGGGGAGGGAGGGAAGGCGGUGGUGCACUUCAGUGCUAGUGGGUACUCGGCAGAGGAGCUGCAUCGAGCACAGCAUGAGGAGGAACUGGUGGAAGACGCAGAGUUCAACCAUGUGCAUCUGGAUCAUGCCAUCAUGGGUGUGGGCGGCGACGACAGCUGGACCCCAUCGGUGCACAAGGAGUUUCUGUUGCCGCCCCGCCCGUACGCAUUUGGGGUGGCGUUUCGGCCCAUUAUUGGCCAAGGGAAGUAA